CUCAAACCGCAAGAAGAAAGCCUCAGUACCCCGCACGCUGGGCUCUGCCGCCUCCGACGUUGGGCGGUACGACGACCGGCGAGAGGCUGCACAAUCUCGGGUUGCGUAGAACGUCAUGGACUCUGGACGAAGACGACACGAGAACACGACAUGGAGAUUGCCUCAGAAUUUGCACUUACAACGCGAGAACUGUCUCCAGUGAUGCCGACCUUCGUUGCCUGCUUGAUGCCGCGACCGCGGCGUCAAAAGUCCAUCUGUAUCAUCAGCUGCUAUUCACCACACAUGGGCGCUGAUGAUUCCGAAUUAGACGCAUUCUACGAUCAGCUGGAGGAAGUCAUCCGCACCGAGAAGCUUGAAAAACGAGCCUUGCACCGCCCGAAGACAAGAAGAUCGGUCGUGUACGAUGAGAACAUCUUGAACGAGUGCCUUUCCCAACACUUGUGGCGGAUCGAUGAGGACCCAACGAAGGAUUACGAAUUGCUACUCGAGGGACUUCAAGCCUGUGCUGAUGCGGCUUCUCUUACUCAGCGAAGGAGCUCCGAACGCAUCUCGACGUCAACGAGAGAACUCUUGAGUAAGCGAAGGAGCCUGCGACUUGAUCCGAAUGCAACCCACCUCGAGCGACUGAUUGCUGACACCAGUUGCAGAAUAGCGCUGCAGGAGGACAUACGACAGUUCAGGCAAAGAAAAAUCCUCGAAGCUGCACAAGGAAGAUCAAGUAUAAAGAAGUGCAAGCGGGACCUCACCGAUCAUCGCGUACCACUUUCUGCUCUCCUGAGAGAGGACGGAACCCUCACUACUUCUAGAAAGGAGAUGGAAUCUAUAGCGGAAACGUUCUACACAAGUCUAUUCCGCUCCUCCACACCCGUACCAGACCCUGUUAUCCCCACUGCCCCCCGACCACCUACGAUCCUUACCUCAGAAGUCCGAGUUGCCAUCGACAGCAUGAAGAAGGGAACUGCUCCCGGACCCGAUAAGAUCUCG